CUGUUCUUCUACCUUCGACACGGUUCGUACCAUUUGGAAAUGGAUUUCUGAACGGAAUAAGACGAAGCUGAACCCGCCGCGACUUAAAGCGAGUGUUUGAAAUCAUUUUUUUGUUUUGUUUGUUGUUCGAGUUGUUGAAGGAAGAGGGAAAAUGCCAGUUGCAACUCUUCUGCCUUUUACCGCGACCCCGAAUAGGAAGUCUGCCAGCCCGACUUCUUUCAGGUUGACAGAGAAAUUUAUUUUGUUACUAGUUUUCAGCGCCUUUAUAACCCUGUGUUUCGGGGCCAUUUUCUUCCUACCGGACUCGUCCAAGCUGCUCAGCGGAGUUUUCUUUCAUUCCUCCGCGGUCGAGACCAACACCCGCACCGGUCCGGACAGCAGCGACUUAGGUUCGGCUGGAAACGACGACAGGGUCCUGGCCAAAAUCAGAAAAGACCACGAGAAAGCUCUUUUAGAGGCUAAGGAUACUCUACAGAAACGGCCCGACGAGAUAAAACAAGACAUUUUAAGUGAGAAGGAGAAAGUUGCGAAGGAGAGUAUGGGUCAAGGUGUGAAGGAUGUCAAUAAUUUGCCUUUCGUUGAGUAUCACCGGCCGCGCGGGGCGACGGGACACGAACCGCUGGACCCAGAAACCAGAGAGAGACGGACCAAAAUCAAAGAGAUGAUGAAGCACGCGUGGGACAGCUACAGGCGCUACGCCUGGGGUUCCAAUGAGCUCAGGCCCGUCUCCAAGCAAGGCCACUCCAGCAAUCUAUUUGGCAGUAUAAAGGGAGCGACAAUAGUGGAUGCUCUGGAUACCCUCUAUAUCAUGGAAAUGUUUGAGGAGUUUGAUGCUGCUACUGACUGGGUUGAGAAGAACCUUGACUUCAAUGUGAAUGCCGAAGUGUCUGUGUUUGAGGUGAACAUCAGGUUUGUCGGAGGUCUGCUGUCUGCCUACUACCUGUCUGGAAAAGAGGUGUUCCGUAGAAAGGCAGUGGAGUUGGGUGAAAAGCUGCUGCCAGCCUUCAAAACGCCCACCGGCAUACCUUGGGCCCUGGUUAACCUCAAGAGUGGUAUCGGCAGAAACUGGCCGUGGGCAUCGGGCGGGAGCAGCAUCCUGGCAGAGUAUGGCACGCUGCAUCUGGAGUUUAUGCACCUCAGCAAACUCUCAGGAAAUCCAGAGUUUGCUCAGAAGGUGAUGAACAUCCGUAAAGUGCUGAAUCGCCUGGACAAACCCCAGGGACUGUACCCCAAUUACCUGAACCCCAACAGCGGCCAGUGGGGCCAAC